UCACUUUUUGUCAACAAGUCAGUUAACCUGAUAGAAAACACGAACUUAAUUUAGAUUAGUUAACAGUCGCCGAUGAAAUACUGAAAAUGCUUCUUUUUUGUCCAACUUGUGGAAAUGUGUUGAUUGUAGAGGAGGGUCAGAGAUGCUACAGAUUCGCUUGUAACACAUGUCCCUAUAUUCAUAAUAUCACGAGAAAGGUAAACUAUAGAAAGUAUCCUAAACUGAAAGAAGUUGAUGAUGUUCUUGGAGGCUCUGCGGCUUGGGAAAACGUGGAUUCCACUGCAGAAACCUGUCCAAAGUGCGAACAUCCAAGGGCGUAUUUUAUGCAGAUACAAACGAGAUCCGCAGACGAACCAAUGACCACGUUCUAUAAGUGCUGCAAUCCACAGUGUGGUCAUCGAUGGAGAGACUGAGCCGUUUCUAUAACUUCUCUGCUUACCUACGACCUAGCUGUGUUUUCUGUGUAAGGUCGUCACUUUCAAGGUUCCGUCACUGGUCUGGUGACCGGGCUAAGGCAUGUCACUCACAGAAAAUUUCUAACUGUGGUGGACACUUUACUGAGACUGUAGGGCUAGGGAUUUUUCCAGAGUGAAAAUGACAUGAAUGAAGGAGGAAACUGUUUUCAUGCAAAUAAGCUUGUGGUGCACCACAUGAAAAUCAUUGUAUCAUUUAUGUA